AUGGCUGACAUAAACAACAAGAAAAGGAAGAGAGUGUUUAAGUUUGAUAAGUUCAGGACCUCGCUCCAGGAAGAAGCUUGUAAAGCUGUGUUUGAGGGGUUGUGUGAUGUGUUCGUGUGUAUGCCUACUGGUGCCGGUAAGUCGCUGCUGUACCAGUUACCUGCAGUUCUAUUACCGGGAGUUACUCUCGUUAUUUCACCCCUCCUCGCUCUUAUACAGGACCAGGUGACACAGCUGAAAGACAAGGGAGUAAAAGCGUCCGCGUUGAACAGUAAAACUAAGAAAUCAGAGCGGAUCUCAAUAAUGGCGGACUUGAACCUGGUUACCCCGAACAUCAAGCUCCUGUACGUGACUCCGGAACUACUGGCUACUGAUUCUUUUAGAUCUCUGAUGGGGGACUUGAGGAAGAGGGGUAAGCUGUCCUUGCUUGUUGUGGAUGAGGCGCACUGUGUGUCACAGUGGGGUCAUGACUUCAGGCCAGAUUUCCUCAAGAUAAAAGAUUUUCGAGUGAUAAACAAAUGUCCGUGUGUAGCACUCACGGCUACAGCUAACAAAUCCGUGCAGAAAGACGUAGUUCUGCAGCUGAAAAUGGAAAAUCUCAAAACUUUCACCGCUUCUGUUUUUAGGUUUGUGGGAAUCGUUCAUGAACCGUACUUCAACAAUGUGAGAUAUUAUCUGGAUGAUGACUAA